AUGGAACCUCAGAGUAGCACUGUAGAAUUAGUGAAAGAGCUCAAAGAAUGGUGCAAAAAGGAAGAGUUGGAUGAGGCCCAUGCCCUUAUGGUGCUUAUUCCUAGAGAAACUAAUAAUACCGAAAUUGAAGAAACCUUGGGCUCUAUCAAAGCACUCGGCCGAGUGCGGGUGAGAGGACGAACACUCAGCUUGAAGAGGCAGCAUUUCUCCGUGCUUUGCGAAUGCAAAGAGAAGGUGGACCCCACUAAAGUGCCUUCAGAACUAUCGCCAAGUGGGCAAGAGGACAAGUGGAGAAUUGUUAUCUCGUCUGAAAGCCUUGGAGAGGAAGGUGAUUUUCCUGAGACUCCACCGAGUGCCUCUGCUGACACCCUUAUUCGUGCAGAGGGUGACUUGUUGUCUAAAAUGGCAAAACCCUCAAACGAGAAUUCUAGUUAUCGACGUUUGAGAAUAUUCUCUGGGACUGUGCCGACCCCAACCGGGGAGGAGUCAUAUGAGCAUUGGAUUGAGCAUGCGCAUCUGAUGGUAGAUGAAAGCGACUGUUCCUUAAAGGAGAAGCGAAGGUGUAUAAUGGAGAGUCUGAAAGGGCCAGCGUUAGCUGUGGUUAAGGCUGUUAGAGCCGCUGAUUCCGAUGUUAGUCCUAUGCAGUGCUUAGAAGCUAUUGAAAGUGCUUUUGGAUCUGCAGAGACGGGCGAAGACCUAUAUUUUGCUUUUAGGUUACUACAGCAGCAACCUCAAGAAAACUUGUCUGACUUUCUUAGACGCUUAGAGCUCUCUUUGACAAAGGUAAUUCGCCAUGGGGGUCUACCAAUAGAACGUGCCAAUCGUGCUCGAGUGGAACAGCUUCUGAGGGGCGCUGUCCACUCUGAUAUGAUGUUAGUGCAACUCAAACUCAGGGAAAGGAAAGGGAAUCCUCCGUCUUUCUUGGAGCUGCUUAGUGAGAUUCGAAGUGAAGAAGAGUACGAGUCUUCAAGAGCGAAGCUCAACUCAUCUGUCAAGCGUGUGCAGGCCCAGCCUAAUGCAGAUGAAAGUCGGGAGGACAUACAGAAGCUGAGAGCUGAACUGCAAGAACUCAGGUCAAUGUUCACCUCUAUGAAAUCUGCUCCUAGCCAAACACUAGCAGAUGGAAAAGAGUGUGAAUCACUGACAAAAAGAACUGCUGCAGAGACAGAAUGUGAGAGUGAAAUAGCUGCCCUGCGAAAACAGGUGAAAAGCCUGCAAAAGCAACUGGAAAGUAAAAAGUCAAAAGUCUCUGAAUCCCCUGCUACAGCCCUUAGGGUAGAGCACACUAGGCAGCACCAAGUGAGAGCAGACAGCAGCCAUCUGGCCCCUCUGAUGGGAACUUCUGCUAUCGCUGUGGUGAAGAUCAUCACUAUUCGGCUAAGUGCCGUAAUGCAGACAAUCCCACCAAAGUGA